GAAAAGUAAGGCUAGCGUAACGCUGCUGGUGCCAUGGGCAAGUUUAAUAAUCUUUUGUUGUAAGGUUAACUAGUAAGUACACUGACAUUCUCCUGUGGUUUCUAAAAACCAAUACAGAAUAACUCAAGGACGCAUAUGAUUUAAAAUACCAUGUAUUUUCCUUGUGGUGCAUGUCGUGUUAGCUAGCUUACUUAUUAGCUUCCCCCCUCUGUUUCAUGGUUGCCUAUAGCAACAACAUGAUGCUUUUCGACUUGCAGACAAUCGGUAUAGGAGACAAUGUGUCCCUUUUCGGUCUGCGAAGGCAUAUUAUAUGAAUAUGAAGAAUACUUAUGCAUAUAAUUAUGUAUGAUUUAUAAAAGCCAGUACGAAGGUUUGUAGUGGAGCUCGGAUCUAACGUUACAUAGUCAUUAACUUAAUGGACGCGCGACGUUUUUCAAGGAGCAGGAAGAGGAAACAGCCGAAGACACAUCACUCAAGUCGAGUCAAGUGUUGGUAAUAAAACCGGCGAGGUGUGGAUAUGCCUCCAGCGUCAGCAGCACCCACGGUGCCCCCACCCCAGGACGGAGGUUUAGGUUUUUGCUUGCUGCUGGGCACCGACUAUGAAAGGAAGAAGAAGAAACUUCAGCAGGAGCUGCAGCUGGACUACGGACAUUAUGCUGCCAAGAUAAAGGAUCAGAAAACUGGUGAACCUCCAACCCAAACCCAGGGGUUCUCCCUCCCUAUUGAUGAGAAGAUAUCGGUUCAGGAAAAACUAAGAGAAGAAAGACACAGAGAAUACAAUCUUUUCCUACAAGAAAAGGCUCAAAUCGAAACGUUUAAGAGGGGAAACCCUCCUGUCACUUCAAAGUCCGGACACGAUCAAGCCCCAGACAAACAGCCUCCUCCCAGGGAGCGCCCCUCAUCCAGCAGAGAUGCUGCCAGCCUCACUGAGGCAGCGGACCAUGGAGAAAGCCCCGGGACUUGGGGCCCAGGGCACCGGAGACAAAGGCGCCGGCAUCUCAAUACACCAAAAGAGCCUCACAGCUCAGAGGAGGAGCCAAUGAGGGAGCGGCCUGCCUCCAGGAGAGACGCUGCCACCCUGACCGACGCAGGGCUGGAUGGAAAGGGCACUGGGACUCGGGGGCGAAGGCGUUGGCAACUCCGCAGACUAAAUGAGCCCCGCAGCUCUGAGGAGGAGUCGAUCAUCCUCACAGACACAGAAGAGGAGUUGGAGUCCAGACGCAGGAGGCGACGCGAGAGAGGCAAGAGGAGAACCAGUGAACCCAGAGCUAACAGAGCUCCUCAGGGCAUCAACAAGGCAAAGGCUCCUGGAGGUCAUGACCAGAGCAACAAUGAAUGGGGCUGUGAGCCAGAUCCGCAAAUGCACGACGCCAUGAGGACGGCUGCAGGAUCCAGAGCUGCUACCAGUGAGGAUGCAGCCACGUUUGCUACUGGACUAAUGAUUGGAGCAGCAGAAGACCAGGCAGCCUCUCAGAUGAGGAAAGAACAGUACCAACAAGAUCUGCUGGAACAAAUUGCUGAACGGCAGAGGAACAGAGUCAGGGAGAAGAACCUUGAGCUGGGGGUUGCCAGCAAUGGAGCAAAAGACCAGGACAGACCGCAUUUCGGGGCCGUAAGCCGCGGAUACGACAGCGGGAGGCGAGAUGCUUCCCGAGGGGACAGGGAGCACAGAGCUGCCCCACGAAAGUCUCAUCUGGGUAACAGUCCAGCUGUCAGUCAGCUCACAGAGAAGACUGUGUCGGGAACCAGAGCGCCACAAGGUGUCCCCUCGAUGAACCACUUUGAGGACGGCCGCCACAGGGACUUCUCAGGAGAAGUGGCCGAGCCGAGGGCGGCUGGUUUUCUUCCCCCUUCAACUAAUAACUACAAGACUCCCUAUGACGCCGGUUACUACUACUAUGGGACCAGCAAUCCAUUACAUCUUCCUUACAAUCAGAAUCUUCUGCCUGGAGGGAGGAGCCAGUUUGGGGAUUUCCACAGUCCUCGUCAAAGACACACUGAAGCGCCUGACCAGCCCCCUGCGCCGCCCCAUGCCGUUGGAGAGCUUCCUGCAGACAAUUCCCAGUGGAGGAGAGCGAAGGCACUGAGCCACCAAGAAGCGCUCCGACAGCAGAUCAUAGAGAGACAGGAGCUUAAAAGAAGAGAGACGGAGGAGAAGGCGCGAUAUGAUGCUAAGAUAGAGGCCGAGAUGGCGGCGUACAACCCCUGGGGGAGAUGUGGAGGAGGAGCUUCUAUCAAAGACGCGCAGGGCAACCUUGUCAGUGACUUGAAUCAAAUGCACAGGACCAAUGAGGAGUCAUCUCGGAAUCCCGUGUCCAGGAGGAGCGGACACACACAAAGCUUUCUGAUGACUGAUGGACACACUCCUGUAGACAAAGGCCGGUCUCCUCUCUCCCGUCGUCUAUCAGGUGGCUUACAGUCCGGCUCUGUCUUCAUUCGAGGCUUCAAUGAUCCGCCAGAGCAAUUGAACGAGGACCUGAAACAACAGAUAGAGGAUAACAAGCAGAGGCAGAGGCAGGAGAUGGAACGUCUGAGGAUCAAGGAGGAGAAAGAAGAUCAGAUGCUGGCGGACCAAAGGGCUCGCAUACUGCAACGAUAUGAAGAGGAGCAACGAAAGGAAAAGAAUAUUAAAAAAGCCAAACCUGUGGUGCGCCACGAACGUAGACAACAGCACCAGGAGGAGGAACAGAGCGUGAGACUGGAGAAGAAGGGACCCGAGAGCGCCAGGGACAGAGAGGAGCAAAAGGCGCGGUGCAGCUACGAGAGAGAGCCCUCCCCUCCAAUCCCGACCCUGCAGAGGAGGCAGACCCCUCUCGUGGCAUCCAGACCUUCGUCUGCUGAGAGCCGACUCACCUGCAGGACUGAGCCGUCCGUGUCGACACCACAUUCUCACCGAGUCCCUGAGAAAAUCUCCCAGCUAGAUGGUCAGCAGGAAGUGAUCAGAGAGCUGUCCACCCUCCGUGACUAUCUGAGAAAUGAGCAGAGGCAACUGGAGGUUCAACUAGGCCAGACAGAUCUCCAGGAGAGUUACUACUCUCCCCCCUACAGACCCACAGGACGACCCAGAGGAACCUUUGAAUCAAUGCUCAAGCAGACUGUCCAGCAACCCACCAGGAAUCCCUUCUCCAGUCCUGCAGUUGUUAACAUGCAAAAUAUCAGGGAGUUUAACAAGCUUAAAUACAGAGACACAGCAUCUCGUGAUCACGUGUACCCGGACCCUGGCGUUGAUGGACAGAGUCCGGACAUCCAACAGCAGGCACUUCUUCGUGAGCGGGAGCGCAGAAUCAGGCUGAUGAAGAGAGAGGAAAAGCACGACUCUGUGAAACAGCAACUGAGCCACUGUCCUUCUGUGAGUGUCCACCAACUGAGCCACUGUCCUUCUAGGAACACACCUGGACGCUACAUCCACAGAGACUCCACCAUGCCACCUGAGACCACUUUGAUUGGUGUUUACAGUGGAGAUGCACGUGAAGGGCCACCGCAUCAUCGCCGUCGGCCCCCAGCGGAGCGCCCCGAGAGCACAGCCUCGCCAAGGAGACAUGACUAUGACGAAGUAUCAGAGACCACGGCUCAGUGGGACCGGAUCAAGCAGCCGGUGACUGGUCGGCACCUGGGAUCCAACGUCAGGGCCCACGACAAGCGCCCCGUCACCAGAGAAGACACCGCCCGGGAGAGGCGCGUCUCCAUGGAGACGGUUGCCACAGAGGCCCGGCUGCACGGAGAGAAAAAACAGCGCGAUGGAUGCUGCACCCUGGCUGACGCACGGCGUCUCGUAGCUCCUCCUCCUCGGGUUGGCUGUGUGAACGUUGUUGCAGAGGAAUCGCUUUCUGCUGACCCACAUGUUAUUUGUGCGAGUGUGUUACAUUGCUUUAAAUGCUUGUUUUCAGUCUGACCGUAAGAAUAUUAGUGUCAGUUAGUUUAGAGGAAAAACCAUCUUCGACAAAACAGAUGGUUUCACUCUGGGAAAAAAUUGCUUUUUAACCUGCAAUAAAAGUUUCUCCAUGAAAGUUCUAUCUGUAAAUACACCAUAAUAUAUUCAUGUGUUAAUGUAGUUAUUUGUGUGUAAUGUUAAAAUGAACAACUAGCAUUAUUUAGAAGUCAGCAAAGCCUUUCAAAUCAACCAAGUUCAAAAACUUUAUUGACCUAGAACCUGAUUAGAAUGCCAGAUGAUGUAUCGUACAGAAAGUUGUACAUAAUCCUUUUUGCAACAUAGAAAACUUUACAUUGC